AUGUAUGGAUUUCCUGGCUCCCGCGGAAACAGCAGCAACGGCGUGCUGGCGCCCGCCAACUUCAGGGACUCGGCCAGAAACGCCAUUUUCCUGCAGUUGCCCGUGCUGGCGGCGCAGUCCUCGGCCUCGUCCGUGCGCUCGGCUCCCCUGCAAUUUCGACACCUCCAGAACUCGCUGAAACUGCGCCACUCGCUGGCCCUGAGCGUGUUUUCCUGCAGCAGGCGGUCCGUGCGCCUGGCGCCGUCGCUCUACUCGUCGUCCACGGCCACCAUUCCCGAGGACUGCGAGCCCACCACCACCACGGUGGAGCAGCUCAUCAACGACAUUCUCCUCCACGAAAACUUCUGCAAAGAGAAGCUCAUGGAGCGCAAGGCGCUGCUGCAUACCGGCGGCCCUGCCUCGCCACAGCCUGCCGCGUUGCCGGUGGCCGACGACGAGUACGAGGAAAUCAAGAUCUCGUUGGGCAGCGACCUCAACUACCAGAACGUGCCGGAAUCGUUGGUGGACUGGAACCUCAACGUGACGCGCUGCAAGCUCAUGGUCACCGCCAUGCCGCUCGUGUCGUCGUCGCCGGACCUCGUGUACUCGGACCACCUGUUGCCGCAGCUUGUCGGGGACUUGGCGCAGAUCUGCCACGUGGUUCUACUACAGCCCUACAUCACGGACAAGGAGCUCAUCCACACGUUGUACAGCUCCAACUUAUACGUGGAACACAACUUGGACGCGUCGUUCAGGAAGUCCGUGGCGGAGAUCUCGGUCAAGCAGUCCAGGCUCCUCCAGAUCAACCAGCAGCGCAAGCACCUCCCGUCGCCUCCCAUCACGCCGUCCGAGCAGACGUUCUUGGGCUUCAAGUACAAGGAGAUUGCCAUCCGCAACUACUUGGUCAAUCUUGCGGCGGCGGCCACCACUGCCUACGAGUACAAGUUGCAGAGCGACGCCGUGAAAAGAGACCUCAAACGGCUGGCCGACGGCGAGCGCAAGAAGCUCACCAAAGAGGAGAAAAAGGCCCUCUGGGACAGUGUGCGGAUGGACGUCUUUAAGCGGGCCGGCUUGGAAGAGUAG